AUGUCUUACUGCAGGCGCGUUAUUAUAGCACUAUCACAUGCGGUGGUCGCAGGAGCUGCCCUAGGAUUGGGUUACUACCUUGGAUCACGCCUAAGCACCCAGAAUGCUGCACCUGCCGCCGCACCUAUACCAUCGUCAGAGUCGAAGAAUAAAGAGCCACCCAAGGAACCGGAGGUGGAUAGUGAAGAAGAGGAUGAGGCGCUUGCAGACGGGGAUCUCAGCACUAUCAAGGCAGGCUUCAUGCAACCUUGCAAACUGGUCUUGGUCGUGCGAGCGGAUCUCAAAAUGACCACCGGGAAAAUAGCUGCACAGUGUGGACACGCAACACUAGCAUGCUACAAGGGAUUGUCGAGGACAAACCCUGCGCUCGUACAACAUUGGGAGAGGACUGGUCAAGCUAAAAUUGCUCUGAGAGGCUCUUCAGAGGACGAGCUCCUUGAACUCGAAGCAGUUGCCAAGAGUCUCAACCUCUGCGCUCGAUCAAUAUUGGAUGCUGGUCGUACACAGAUCGCGGCAGGUUCGCGCACUGUUCUUGGUAUUGGUCCUGCGCCCAUAGAUCUUAUUAACCAGGUGACAGGCCACCUGAAACUCUUGUAGUCCGGUGAUCUUUCUAUCUAAACGCUGUACCAGUCGGCAAGGCCAAUCGUAUACUUGCAUCGCCCAGUCAAUCAGGUGUCCGUUUAAUGUGAGGAUAAUGCAAUGUGGUAUAGUACAAAUGAGUAGUCCAUGUGCAUGCCGUCUAUGCUUCGUAAGUCUAGGUUGUGCAUCUAGGUUGUGGAGGUUUCCUUCCCCCUUUUCAUCGCUCAGAAUACGCCUCCGCUCGUUCCCUGUCCCGCCGUUUCCUGCAUUACCUGCAAAAGCAUAAUCCGUGUCAGUCCUCACUGCCGCUGGCCAAAUAUCGUGGAGCUUACCUGAGCCGAGCUCAACGAGACCGCUGGGUGCAUCAGUUCACCGAGCCGCCUGGAGCGA